GACACAAGAAGCCUGUUCGCAGAGGUCGUGCAUCUCGAAGCAAUCACGAAAUAGUGCACGGUUUGGCUUCCGCAGAACCGGUCAACUCAGUUCGACGCUAGCUGGCAGAGGCACCGGCUAAAUUAUCAACCAAGUUUGGUUUUUCCCUAUGUCAUUCUGGUCGGGUCUUUGCCAGGCCAUGCUGCACCUCCAUCAAGCCAUCGUGAUGCAUUGAUGCAACGAAACUCUGUCUUGAAAUAACUUUUCUGGAUGUGAAUUGCAAUAUCUCGUUGGCGGAUCAUGGCUAUAUUUCGGAGCUUUUCUUGUACUUGGAUUGCAAUAGGAAUGUGCUGUUACUAUUUUACUGUGUGAUUAGUCAGUCGAAUUGGAGUGUUACCAUUUGAUUUUUCUCCUGUUCAGCUGAUCCACUCACGUCACUUACUGUUUUAUUUUCAAAUUUGGAUUUUAUUCAUUUUGUGUCAUUCACACCUUUGGAGUAAUAUUCUUCGUUUAAAAGAAAGACGUCCGUUACCAUGGAUACGGCUUUGCUACUUCUCGUUCUCCUCAACCUGAUUGCACUCACAUUCCCCGCAGCUAUUCCGCCCAGGAUUCCUCGUUUUCUCAAAGACAGAUUGCAGAUCACACACAAAGAAUACAGCUACCUCAUACGCAAUGGCUAUCUCAGGCCGCGAAACUACGAGUUCACAUUCGAGGCCGAGAAAGAUAUACCAGUCGUUACGGAUGCGAUCUCGAGGUUCCAAGAGUUCUACAAGCUACCAGUGAUGGGGGAGCUGGAUGAGAGGACCAGGGGUGUGAUGUGGGAGCCGAGAUGCGGCUAUCCAGACGUAGGGGAGUCGUUACAUAACGAGACGAUGGAGAACAGGGCGGGGCAUCAUCGUGUUCGCCGGUAUGAUAUCGCAGAUGGGCGCUAUAAGUGGGAUUCAAGUCAAAUAACGUACAGCCUUGUGAACUUCCCAACGCGAGGCGGCAUCAAACUCUCCGAUCUACGAAACACCAUUAAACGGGCCUUCGAAGUCUGGAGCGACGUCACACCUCUCGUGUUCACUGAACUCCACGGCCACGAAGUCAACCAGGCGAUGGUCCGUAUCGCUUUCAUGAAGGGUCGUCACUCGCACGACCUCGAGCACCCGAUCUUCGAUGGGCCCAACGGCGACCUCGCGCAUGCCUUCUCACCGAAGAGCGGAUGGGGCGAAGUCAACGGCGACAUCCAUUUCGAUGACGAUGACGUGUUCACACUUGGAAACAAUGACAGAGGAUAUAACUUUUUCCAGACGGCAGCUCAUGAGAUAGGCCACGCCCUCGGUUUGGAUCAUUCGAAUGACCCGGAAGCUCUUAUGUGGCCCCACUAUCACUUCAUGAGGGACUUUGAACUACCCGACGAUGACAUCAGAGGGGUUCAAGCUCUGUAUGGAACGAAGACCAGUCCUAGGGUGCCCAACGUGAGAAUAGACCAAGGUCCAAGACCGAAAUCAACUUUAGUCCGACAGCCUUCGAAGAAAUCAUAUUGUACAUCUGGUUAUAGCGCAGUCACUUCAAUUAGUGGCAGUAUCUACACAUUCAAGGGUAAAUUUUAUUGGCGAUCAUGGCGUCGUUUGCUCGUCACUCCUAAGGAUGGUCGUAAGAUCCAUGAUAAAUGGUACCACCUGCCGGCUAACAUCAGGGCAUCGUAUCAGAGAAGAGAUGGAAAGACCGUCUUCUUCAGAGGUGCCAAAUAUUGGGUGUACUUCGGCUCUCAGAUGGAGCCCGGCUACCCCCGACCGGUGGCCGAGCUAGGCCUACCCAAGGGGGUGGAUGCCGCGUUAUCUAAGACCAAGGCUAAGACCUUCUUCUUUAAAGGAGACCAGGUCUGGAGAUUCGAUGAGAGGAAGAAGUCUGUGGAUAACGGAUACCCUAAGAAGAUUGGAGAGGUCUUUACUGGUCUCGGGGAUAAAGUCACGGCAGCUUUCCAACAUGAUGAUGGAAAUUCUUACUUGCUACGAGGAAAGAAGUACUAUCGUGUAGCAAAGGGCAAGUACGAAGUGGAUCCGGGUUACCCUCGUCAUUUUACCAGCGAUUUUCUCGGAUGCGCGUCGGUUACGGCGUAACCAUAGCAACAUGGUACCUCAACAAGCCCUUGAUGUUGCAGUAAUUUCUCAACGACACGCAACGAACUUUCAAGGUGUUCCUUAUUGAUAAAAGACACCACUGGCUGUAUAUCAGUACCGUAUUUGUGUAUAGCUAUACUUUUUCAACAGAUGACCAAAAUCUAGAUGGAGUUGAAAACCAUGACAUGUACACGAUCCAGACGACAGGUGGCGCUGUGAUGAUUCAGAAGAAUCUCCGACUUGAUUUUCAGGAAGCUUUUUUAAUGGAGUGGACGGAUAGCACGGCGGGAUUAUAGUGACUAUUUCUCAAUGUUUUCUGACUGUUAAGAAUACAAAGGGUACUCCUAGGGGAAAAGAACAUAAACAAUUACAAUUUUGAUGCUCACUUGAAGUAUCAUGACUGGAAGUCCAAAAUAUUUUCUGAUGCGAAAGAAAUCCUAUAGAUUCUCGUCUCCAUUUAAUUUUGUUCUAACAUUGUCAUCAAAACAGUAGGCAAACUCAAUUUUCCAAGACGUAUAGGCUGAAAAGGUUGUAAAUGGGGUUGUUGGUAGCGGAUUUGUUAAGUCACCCUCCGAAGGGUUCCUGGGAGCGUGAAUUGUUUGGAAAGUUCUCAUUUUAAGAUUAUUAUCAUCGCAAGGUAAUGUACUCAAAGCGGACAUUCCUCAAUUGAAGGCAGAGUAUAGAAAGUGUAUUAAGAGGGUAGGAUUUUAUUUAAAGGUAUAGGUCUUAUGAAAUAUGAUGGUCCAGUAAAAGUCCCAAUGUUUU